AUGAAGAAAGAGAAUCACACUCUGGUGAGUGAGUUUACUUUCCAGGGUUUCUCCAGCUUCUGUGAGCACCAGUUCACCCUCUUUAUCAUGUUUUUUGCACUGUACGUAUUAACCCUGGCAGGCAAUAUCAUCACUGUGACCGUCAUUAGCCUUGACCGCCACCUCCACACCCCCAUGUAUUUCUUCCUCAGCAUGCUGUCAGCUUCAGAGAUCGUGUACACUGUCAUCAUUAUACCCAAGAUGCUCUGCAACCUCAUAGGCCUGAGUCAGUCCAUUUCUUUGGCAGGCUGUGCCACUCAGAUGUUCUUCUUCAUCACUUUGGCCAUCAACAACUGCUUCCUGCUCACAGCGAUGGGCUACGACCGCUAUGUGGCCAUUUGCAAUCCCUUGAGGUACACAGUUAUCAUGAACAGGAGAGUGUGCUUCCAGUUGGUGUGGGGGGCCUGCAGCAUCGGGCUGAUUGUGGCCACGACACAGGUGACGUCUGUAUUCAGGUUACCUUUCUGUGCCACAAAGGUGGCCCACUUCUUCUGUGACAUCCGACCUGUGAUGAAGCUCUCCUGCGUUGACACGACUGUCAAUGAGAUCUUGACUUUGCUCAUCAGUGUCCUGGUGAUCCUGGUUCCCAUGGGAUUGGUUUUCAUUUCCUACAUCCUCAUCAUCUCCACCAUCCUUAAAAUUGCCUCAGCUGAAGGUCGGAAGAAGGCCUUUGCCACCUGCGCCUCCCACCUCACUGUGGUCAUCGUCCACUAUGGCUGUGCCUCCAUCGCCUACCUCAAGCCCAAGUCAGAGAACACCAAGGAUCAGGACCAGCUGAUCUCAGUGACCUACACCAUCAUCACCCCACUACUGAACCCUGUGGUGUACACCCUGAGGAACAAAGAGGCCAAGGAUGCUCUGCUCCGGGCCAUUGGCAGGAAGCUUUCCUGA